AGUAGCUGCUGGAAGCCUGGUCACUGGCCCUGCCACACAGAACACGUCUGUAGGGCUGUUGUCGACCUGUGCUUCUUUUAUAGGCUUUCCACUUCGGUCUGGAUUUUUUUGCUUUAUUGGAGGCAGAAAUAAUUGGGAAUUCAGUGAAAGAGAAUAUGACUACCUAGCACAGUCCUUGGUAGACAGGAAGCACUUUGUAAACAGUGCUUCACAUCACAUUCUCAGGACGAAAUGAAAGUGCCUGGGGCUGGUCGGAGGAAUUGAUAGUAUUGACAACAACGACAGCAGCAGAGGUGACACGUAGCAAACCAUCCUCGAGACGUUGGGUGCCGCUUUGGUGCGUUUAUGUCGGUGCUCCUUCCUGAAGAUGUGCAACUGGUCAGACUUGUCUGCACAGCCUUUUGCCUCGUGCACUGAUAACCAUGUCCAUGGGAAAGGCACUUUCUUUAUGAAGGGGCCACACUUCCAGGGAUACAGCUUGACCCACAGAAUGUGAGAUAAAGAAGCUCCGUAAAAAAAAAAAACAAAAACUUCCACUUUAAUGCAAGAGAAGGAGAACUUGGUGAGAACAAGCAGCUCGGCAGCUUCGGUUUUUCAGAUAACAGACUUGAGAGUAACACUUGGGAGUCCGUUUCCCUUUUUAUUUUAGGAAGUGCUCUAGAGAGAAAACAGAGAUCUUUCUGCUAUAAGAAGUUCUCUCUUCAAAGCAGCAUCAUGCCCGGAAUAGAAUUUUCUCUUAGAAUUUUCUCUAAGCUAAGUGGAAAACUCUAGAAUAAAAGAUUUUUACCUUUAAAGCCUAUUUGGGGGAAAGGCUCGCAUCAUACGUGUGUGGAAGAGUUUUCCUGCACGUUUUUUUCACUUUCAAUUUAGUUUUGCCUUGAAAGAAUUCGGGGGAAAGGAUAACAUUAGUGGUAAUUUUUAUUUGGAAACUGAAUCUGAAGCAUGCCGGACUCGUGAUCUUGCCAUGUCUGUGCUUGCUGUCUCUGGGCUGUGAACCCCGCUUGUCCUGGGCGCUGGGUGUUUUCCCUUCCUCUGCCUUUUCAAGCGCAGUGCACCGGAGGGUUUUGAUGACCCAGCUGGGACCGCCGACUGCAGCAGCCAGCAGCUGGGUUGUCUUGCUUCCAGCAGCCAAACUGCUUCUCUGCCACCUUUCUUCCUGAUUUAUUUUAAACUUAAAAAAAAAAAAAAGGAAAAAAGGGCACUCCACCACUGCAAAUUAUACAUUUAUUUGCAAGUGUUGAUUUCAACUAGAGAUGAGCCCUCUCUCCUGACACUUUUUCCCCUGCUGGAUUUUGGGCUCUGGUUUCUGAUGACAUAGUCUGGGUACUGCAGCCACUAGCCUCAGAAGGAGAAUUACAGAGGGAAUCCCCGCGUAAAUUACGUAUUGCCUUUUGCAUCAGUAGCCUGCUUGGAAAUGUUCAAACUGUCAACCGGCGAGACUCCAGUGCUGUGGACAUGGGUUUGAAUGAGUUGAUCACCUAGGGGCUGUUCAGAAAGCCAUGCUCUGGUUGCCAUGGAGCCCUUCUGUCCGCUCCUGCUGGCCGGUGUUAGCCUGCCCCUCGCCAAGGCCUUCAAGGGCAACGAGACCACCACCGCGCAGAGCAACUGGACCUCCACGACCGCAGGCGCUCCGGCCCCCGGCCCUCCGGCCCCCGGCGCGCCCCAGCCCCUGCUGGCCUGGCUGCUGCUCCCCUUGCUGCUGUUCCUGUUCCUUGCAGCCUACUUCUUCAGGUUCAGGAAGCAGAGGAAGGCAGUGGUCAGCUCCAACGACAAGAAGAUGCCUAAUGGAAUCCUAGAAGAGCAAGAGCAGCAAAGGGUGAUGCUUCUCAGCAGGUCCCCCUCGGGGCCCAAGAAGUACUUUCCCAUCCCCGUGGGGCACCUGGAGGAGGAGAUCCGGGUCCGCUCGGCGGAUGACUGCAAGAGGUUUCGGGAGGAGUUCAAUUCGCUGCCGUCCGGACACGUACCAGGAACUUUUGAGCUGGCCAAUAAGGAAGAAAACAGAGAGAAGAACAGAUACCCCAACAUCCUUCCCAAUGACCAUUCCAGGGUAAUUUUAAGCCAGGUGGACGGAACCCCAUGUUCAGACUACAUCAAUGCUUCAUACAUAGAUGGUUAUAAAGAGAAGAAUAAAUUCAUAGCAGCUCAAGGCCCUAAACAGGAGACAGUGAAUGAUUUCUGGAGGAUGAUCUGGGAGCAGAAGUCUGCAACCAUCGUCAUGUUGACGAACCUGAAAGAAAGGAAAGAGGAGAAGUGCUAUCAGUACUGGCCGGACCAGGGCUGCUGGACCUACGGAAGCAUCCGGGUGUGUGUGGAGGAUUGCGUGGUCCUGGUGGAUUAUACCAUCCGGAAGUUCUGCAUUCAGUCCCUCCCCGAUGGCUGCAAAGCCCCUCGGCUCGUCUGCCAGCUGCACUUCACCAGCUGGCCCGACUUCGGAGUGCCCUUCACCCCCAUCGGGAUGCUCAAGUUCCUGAAGAAAGUGAGGACACUCAACCCCACGCACGCCGGGCCCGUCGUGGUCCACUGCAGCGCGGGCGUGGGCCGGACGGGCACCUUCAUAGUGAUCGAUGCCAUGAUGGACAUGAUACACGCCGAGCAGAAGGUGGACGUCUUUGAUUUCGUGUCCAGAAUCCGCAAUCAGCGGCCUCAGAUGGUUCAGACGGACAUGCAGUACACGUUCAUCUACCAAGCCUUACUGGAGUACUACCUCUACGGGGACACCGAGCUGGACGUGUCCUCCCUGGAGAAGCACCUGCAGACGCUGCACGGUGCCACCACCCACUUCGACCAGGCCGGGCUGGAGGAGGAGUUCCGGAAGCUGACAAAUGUCCGGAUCAUGAAGGAGAACAUGAGGACAGGCAACCUGCCGGCCAACAUGAAGAAGGCCAGGGUCAUCCAGAUCAUCCCGUAUGACUUCAACCGCGUCAUCCUUUCCAUGAAAAGGGGCCAGGAGUACACGGAUUACAUCAACGCGUCCUUUAUAGACGGCUACCGGCAGAAGGACUACUUCAUCGCCACCCAGGGGCCCCUGGCGCACACAGUGGAGGACUUCUGGAGGAUGGUCUGGGAGCGGGAGUGCCAUACGAUCGUGAUGCUGACCGAGGUCCAGGAGAGAGAGCAGGAUAAAUGCUGCCAGUAUUGGCCAACAGAGGGCUCAGUGACUCAUGGAGAAAUAACGAUCGAAAUAAAGAGCGAUACCCUUUCUGAAGCCAUCAGUAUACGAGACUUCCUGGUCACUUUCAAUCAGCCCCUGGCCCGCCAGGAGGAGCAGACCCGGGUCGUGCGACAGUUCCACUUCCACGGCUGGCCGGAGAUCGGGAUCCCCGCCGAGGGCAAAGGCAUGAUCGACCUCAUUGCGGCCGUGCAGAAGCAGCAGCAGCAGACGGGCGAUCACCCCAUCACCGUGCACUGCAGUGCUGGAGCUGGGCGCACAGGGACUUUCAUAGCACUCAGCAACAUUCUGGAACGGGUCAAAGCUGAGGGACUUUUAGACGUAUUCCAAGCUGUGAAGAGCUUACGACUUCAGAGGCCACAUAUGGUGCAAACCCUGGAACAGUAUGAAUUCUGCUACAAAGUGGUACAAGAUUUUAUUGAUAUAUUUUCUGAUUAUGCUAAUUUCAAAUGAAAAUUCCUGCCUUAAAAUAUUUUUUAAUUUAAUGGUCAGUAUAUUUUGUAAAAAUCAUGUUAAUUUAUUUCAUAGUUGACAUUAAUAUCCUCCUAAUUUCUUUGUAUAUAUUUUGUUAUGCUUAAAGGCCACCUGCUGUAAAGUUAUUAAAUCUUAAAUACCCCUUUUAAAAACUGGAAUAAUGUAUUAAGGUCAAAUAAUAUUCCAUAAAAUAUAUAUUUCUGCUAAUAUCAGUAAAAAUAUUUUAAUUUUUCAUUAGAUUCAUAUCAUUUCAUUUCACACAGUCAGCACCUCUAAAUGUUAAAAAUCUUAAUAUGACAAGUGUGUUUAUUUAUGCAAGAUACUAACCACAACUUCCUUAGAAAACAGUCGAGGACUCAGAAAUCGGUGGAAAAUACAUUUUCCUGACACUGAUUUUACAGCCCUGAGCAGUGGCAGGAUUUUUUUGUUUUUUUGUUUUUUUUUGCGGUACGCGGGCCUCUCACUGCCGCGGCCCCUCCCGCCACGGAGCACAGGCUCCGGCCGCUCCGCGUCAUGUGGGAUCUUCCCGGACCAAGGCACGAACGCGUGUCCCCUGCAUCGGCAGGCGGACUCUCAACCACUGCGCCACCAGGGAAGCCCCCCAGUGGCAGUUUUGUGAAAGCAAACUGUUUGUGAAGAUACAGUGUAAAUAGGGAAUUCUGUAGUCCUCAGUCUCAACCCACGUGGUUCAUCUUUACAUUUUAAAGAUCAAAGAAGACUUUACAACCUGAGUCCAAGUCUAAAACACACUGGAGUAGUCAGUGACUAUAUAGUAAUACUUAAAAAUGCAUUUAUUCAAGGCUGUGUCGUGCCAUCUUGGCCAGAUGAGAAAGAUGUAAAGGCCAGUGGUCCAGUUCGCACGGGCCUUGGGUCCGGCAAAACCAGUUAUCAGAGUUUCAGUCCCACGGUGCUGGGCGCUGCUUGCUGUCCGUCUGUCUGAGAAUCACACCCACUGCACUUCUCACUACCCCCUGCCUCCCGGCCCCCGCCAUUCUGCCCUGCUUGUCGUGAGCUGUGCCUCAAGGCAUGACAAAAAACCACUUCCAUUCCAAAAGGUCAGAUAGAGCAUCUGACACGCAUGGAAGCAAGGGGCUCCCGCCUGGUAGAAACAGUUGGGCAGCCACAAGCAAUUAUGCUUUAAACUUUCUGAGAAGCAUUUUGGUAUUUAAAAAUCUCUUGUAAAUGCUAAGACUGUUUGUAAGAAAAGAAAUCUUAAAAUCUAGAUUUAUACAGUUUUUUUUAAAGUCCCACUCCUCGAUAUUUAAUAAAAGAAAAAGAGAAAUCCUUAAUCUAAAGGCUAAUUUAUUUUUGAAUGGUUACUAGUGAGACCUCUGACACUGGAUAAUAAUGAUCUCACUGCCAGACAGGAUUGGCUUAUGGGGCAAAAAAAAAGAGAAGGGAUGAAUGUAAAAAGGUUUGAUUUAAUGGCAGUGAUCUGUCUGUGGCUGUUAGGUACCUAGCCGAUGAGCACAAUAUAAAAAAACGACAUCUGAAAACAUUUAACAUGUGCAUUUUUGGGUACACUUUUUGCUUUUUAAAAGAGAUGUGAAUGUGAAGGCCUUUAUUUGAUAUUUCCACUGGUAACUGAUUGCACAAGGGUAACCCAGGGUAAGUUACGUCCUAAUAACAAGCCCGCCGGUAAUCAAGCUUCUGCCACUCCUCCGAGCCCCACCCAAGGGUCAGAUGAGGUGCCCAGCUGGACGGACAAAAGCACAACUUUGUGAACGCUGCCAUGGCCACCAGCCUGCAGCCCUGAGCUCCACACACAGCUGAAUGCGUCCCUCACCCUUCUGGGUACAAUGAUUAUGCAUUUGGGUCGAAGAGAAAAUGGAGGGAGCUUUGCGAGAUGCACCUGGUGGCCCUGUUUGUUUUCAUUGUUAAAGUCCCAAGCCCGAAGCCCUUCUUGACUAAAGGGGAGGAGAGAAAACUGAGCACCAAAGCCUAGAAACAGAGCCGGUGUUUGUGGUGAAGGCGACAUAUAGGGGUCGAGACGCCUGGAUUGGGGUCCAAAUUUAGGAGCCUUUAGUGAGAAUCCUUCAGGCCCUUCAAUGGUCUUACUGGCAUCUCUUGUCUUGAGAUUAAGGUAGACCUUCUCGGGGAAGCGCCCCGUUUGUGUGUUCUUCUGCCCCCUUGUGCAUCCCCCUUGUCUGCUGCGGUUCCGCCCUCAUGGUUCUGAGAACAGAGCGGAAGCCACUGUCCCUGGGUUGCAGGACCCCCUCCGCCUUUGGGGCAGUUCUUGCCUCCCAGUAGCUGCAGCCUCCUAGCCUCGGCCCCGGUUCCGGUUCAGACAGCCUUGGUGGGCGCUCCGGGACUCCUGUCCUCUCUGUCUCGCUGGGAUAGUUUGACUCUUCCUCCCCUUCGGUGAGAGAAAGUCCAUUGUACAUAACAAAACGGCGCCAGGCUGGUAAAGUCAUUUUUCUUUGCCAGUUUUCUCCGUUGCAUGCGGCUACAUUCAAACGCCAAAUAGCGAUUAGAAGACGACCAUUCUGAUCUCCUUGCUUUUAUCAGUCACUGUGUGACUCACUUUACUGUUUCUCUCCAUGUGCUCUAUGAAUGAAGAAUGCAUACCAGUGUUUUAAAAGGUAUUUUUAUGUGUUUUUUAAAACUUUUUAAAACGAGCCUGACACCUCUGUUUUAGCAUUUGGAGUCACGCCCAUGUUAUUUUUUAAAAUGUGUGAUUACUGAUACUUCUGUUGUGUUUGUGUUAAUUUAUGUGCAAUCUUGAUAAUAUAUGUAUGUAUUCCGGUUUCAUUUUUUCUUUUAUUCCAUUUAUCACUUGAUCUUGCACUGAUUAUGAUGCCAGUGAAUGCUGCUGAAUUCUGUGUAUAUGCAAAUUGCAACAUCCAAAACAUUCUGAUGCGAGGAUAAAUCUUUACUUUGA